AUGGCCAAUACAAAGCAGCCUGAUUUAAAAGAAGAUGGUCCAUCCGAUAAUCAAAUACUUGAUUAUAAAAAAUCACACAAAACUGAACAAUUAACAACUGGUUAUGGUCGUCCACUUGGCGAACGAUCUACUGUUGUUACUGUUGGUCCACGAGGACCAUUGUUGCUUUCUGAUUUUCCUUAUAUUGAAGAUGUUCAACGAUUUGAUCGUGAACGAAUACCUGAACGGGUUGUUCAUGCCAAAGGUGGUGGUGCAUUUGGUGUAUUUGAAGCAACUGAUGAUUUAUCGGAUAUUUGCAAAGCUAAAGUAUUCAAGAAAGGAACAAAAACACGUCUUCUUGUACGUUUUUCAACUGUUGCUGGUGAAAGUGGUUCAGCUGAUACAGUACGUGAUCCACGAGGUUUUGCUAUUAAAAUGUAUACUGAUGAAGGCAUUUGGGAUUUAGUUGGUAAUAAUACACCGAUAUUUUUUGUUCGUGAUCCAUUUUUAUUUCAAAUGUUUAUUCAUUCUCAAAAACGAAAUCCACAAACACAUUUAAAAGAUCCAAAUAUGGUUUGGGAUUUUUUUGCUAAUCAUCCAAUGGCUACACAUCAAUUUAUGUUUCUCUAUUCUGAUCGUGGAGUACCAGAUGGUUUUCGUCACAUGCAUGGCUAUAGCUCACAUACAUUUAAAAUGGUUAACGAUAAAAAUGAAUUUGUUUGGGUUAAAUUUCAUAUUCGAACUGAUCAAGGUAUUAAAAAUAUUGAUCCAACAAAAGCAAAAAUUUUAGCUGGUGAACAACCUGAUUAUGCAUUAGCUGAUCUUUAUAAUGCAAUUGCUAAAAAAGAAUAUCCAAGUUGGACAUUUUAUAUUCAAGUUGUUACACAGGAGCAAGCACAAAAUCUUCCAUUUAAUCCAUUUGAUUUAACAAAAGUAUUUUCACAAAAAGAGUUUCCAUUACGUCGUAUUGGUAAAAUGACAUUAAAUGAAAAUGCCGAAAAUUAUUUUGCUCAAAUUGAACAAGCUGCUUUUUCACCAGCACAUAUGCCACCAGGAAUUGAAGCAUCACCAGAUAAAAUGUUACAAGGUCGACUUUUUUCAUAUGCUGAUACACAUCUUCAUCGUGUUGGAACCAAUCAUCUUCUUAUUCCAGUUAAUAAUCCUGAAACAAAUAAAAAUGUUAAAGUUUGUACUUAUCAACGUGAUGGUACAAUGCAAGCAUGUCAUAAUCAAGGUGGUGCUCCAACUUAUUAUCGAAAUUCAUUUAAUGGUCCAGAUGUAACAAAUCGUGACAAACAUAUUGAACAUGCAACACUUGAAUCAGGCUUGGCAGCACGACAUGAAGCAAGUGAAGAUGAUAACUUUACUCAACCACGAGUUUUCUAUCAAAAAGUAUUAGAUGAUCGUGGUCGUGCUCAUUUAAUUGAUAAUAUUGUUGAUCAUUUACAACAAUGUACGGAUAAAGACAUAAUACGUCGUGUAGUUGCUGUAUUUGCCAAUGUUGAUGAUGAUUUUGGAAGACGAUUAGCCGAAAAACUUAAUAUUGAUGUACCGAAAAAAACGUCAACGGCAACAAAUGUUAAAUCGAAAUAUUAA